CUCUCGUUUAUCUGUUCUCUGCCCUAGCUUUCUCCGAAUCCUACCUGAUCAAGGCAAUCCACCCGUUGGCGGCUCUCGAUCUCCAACACUUUCAAUCUCGAUUUCUUGUUUGAUAUAUAUGUUCUUUUAUUUCAUUGUGUGUUUUUCUCUCUCUCUCUCUCUUAACGCUCUAAUCUGUUCUAUUUCAGACACCUUGGGCCCUUGCUAGAUUAAUUCUUGCGCGAUUUUUUAGUAGUAGUGUUUUUUUUGGUGUUAUUAACGUGAUGGAUGCAGGAUUAAGGAACUCUGUUUCUUCAAACAAGACUCAAUCCCGUUUCCCUCUUCAGGAAGAGUAUCUUCAGAGAAAAAAUUCCCGUGAAAAUUUGGAUAGGUUUAUUCCAAAUAGAUCAGCAAUGGAUUUCGACUAUGCACAUUAUAUGGUGACGAAUGGUAAGGAAAAUCCAGACAACAGCUCACCAUCCAGAGAGGCAUAUAGAAAGCAGUUAGUGGAGGCUUUGAACAUGAACAGGACAAGGAUCCUUGCAUUUAAGAACAAACCACCCACCCCCGUUAAGGGCAUCCCGAAUGAGUUUUCUUCUGCUGCUUACCAGGCCAAACCAACGAAACCCAAGCGCCACAUUCCUCAGACCUCUGAGAGGACUUUGGAUGCUCCGGAUAUUGUGGAUGAUUAUUACUUAAAUCUAUUAGAUUGGGGCAGCAGCAAUGUUCUUUCUAUAGCUUUGGGUAGUACUGUUUACCUGUGGGAUGCAUCUGAUGGCAGCACUUCCGAACUGGUCACAAUUGAUGAUGAAAAUGGUCCUGUUACAAGUGUUAAAUGGGCUCCAGAUGGGAGGCAUGUUGCUAUUGGCUUGAACAACUCGGACGUGCAGCUUUGGGAUACCACAGCUAACCGAUUGUUGAGAACUUUGAGAGGUGGCCACCAAUCACGAGUCGGUGCCCUUGACUGGAAUAACCAUAUACUGACUACAGGUGGAAUGGAUGGUCUGAUUAACAACAAUGAUGUCCGAGUGAGAGCACCAAUCAUAGAAACAUAUAAAGGGCAUCAUCAAGAAGUCUGUGGACUAAAAUGGUCUGCCUCAGGCCAGCAGUUGGCUAGUGGAGGAAAUGAUAAUCUCCUCCACAUAUGGGACAGAUCAACAGCUUCUUCCAACUCCUCGACGCAGUGGCUUCACAGGCUCGAGGAUCACACAGCUGCUGUUAAGGCCCUUGCUUGGUGUCCAUUUCAGGGUAACUUGCUGGCCUCUGGUGGAGGUGGAGGCGAUAGGUGCAUAAAGUUCUGGAAUUCCCAUACUGGUGCUUGUGUGAACUCAGUUGAUACAGGGUCACAGGUCUGUGCACUACUUUGGAGCAAGAAUGAGCGUGAAUUGCUAAGCUCUCAUGGGUUUACUCAGAAUCAACUUACUCUCUGGAAAUACCCAUCCAUGGUUAAGAUGGCAGAGCUUACUGGACAUACAUCCCGCGUACUUUUCAUGGCUCAGAGUCCAGAUGGUUGCACAGUGGCUUCUGCAGCAGGAGAUGAAACACUCAGAUUUUGGAAUGUUUUUGGAACCCCUGAAGUAGCAAAACAGGCUCCAAAGUCAAAUCCUGAGCCAUUUGCUCACAUCAACCGAAUUCGCUGAAUUUUAUAACCCUCUGCCUGCUGAUACAGAUGAUGAUAUGGCUUUACAGUCUCAG